AUGGACUUUCCCGGAAAUGCCAGUACCAAUGUCCAUCUUAUUGAUGGCUUCUCCACGAUCUACUGGAGGAUAUACACGGAAGAGACAGGCAUUGCGAACAAUCCACCCGAAGGCCCACCCAACGGUUAUACGAUUUUGAAGCAUCUCAGUCGCCUAAAAGAUCUAGAGGCCAAGUUACGACUUCUCAACUGCUUGGCUUCAUGCCCAAGACGCCUCGGGUUGUGGGUGUUCUCCCCCACUCCGGACUUUGAAAGUUUAGGCGCUUUAUAUGUGAAGGAGGGAAGCGAAGUGUCCAAGAAAAUUCUAGUUGAUACGACCAUUCUGAAAGUCUCCGCAUCGGGCAGCAUCGCAUCCCAAGACUUGAUUAGAAGUCUUUCGUCGGAGACUCAAAACCAGGCUGGACUUCAAGCUGGGCAGCAAAGACCCCAGCAGGGUCAACCCAACUCCAGGCGACCCGAGAGCCAUAGUAGUUCCGCUGCUAUCUAUGCCUCCUUUAUUUCUGCAGUUACCGGCGCAAUCAGCCUACAUAUGAUUCGCUCUCAUGGUGCCUUUCCGCUCGGCUCCCGCACUCUAUUCACGGCCGUGGAAAAGGUGGGAUACGAAAGCCCACGUGUCGAUAACGAUAGCCCGUUUUCGAAGUCUUGCCUGACGUCACUGAAUAUCCAACUAAAUGGCCCUGGGACAUUGAUGAUUUCGACACAAACGAUCUCUCAGGUCGGUAUCUCACGCCUCUGUGGGCCCCAGGAUGAUAUCGCGGAUGUUCUACGAGUGCAGCCAGGUACUGAUCUUUGGCUGUGUCCGAACGGAACCGUUGCACGGCUUGUUUCGGCUAACGUUGAACCACCAACGGUCCCAUCGCCUGGAUUGCCGGUCUCCGGAAAUUUCGCGGCAAAAAAAAGACAAUGGAAGUUGGAUGUGGUGCAAUGGUUAGUGAAUUUCGGCUUGCAUAUUGAUUCAGUCGACGAGGAGCUGUGGGUUGAGGUAGAGGUAUGGGAACCCUUUUUCGCAAGGUUGGCCGGAGAGGCAUGGCGGCAAAGCGAUGAGCCCCAGUCUCCGCUCCCUUUGAAACGCAUGCUGUGGCCCGCAAGGUUUUGCUUUAAAAGAACCUCUUCCGAAACCCAGUCUCCAAUGAAUGAGAAAUGCUGGCCUUUGGGCCUUGCCGACGACCCACUUGACUUUGCAGAGCGAUGGCCAUCAGAGACUGAAUCUUUCUUGGCAAACAAUCAUUUGACACCCGCUCUUGUCGUGGAUGAACCUCAACCCAAAGAUGAAGACAUGCCAUCACCUAAAGUUGACAAUUUGGAUGGUUUUGAGAAAGGAACUGCUGUGCUUGGGUUAAACAAUGUGAACCCGAUGGACAAUUUUAAUGAUGACACCGACUUUCAAAUGUCCCCGGGUGCACAGCAAGACCCGAAAACCCGUCCUCACUUCAAGCUUUCUCCUGAGGUUGGCAUUGGAACGGGCCAUUAUGAUGCUAGUGAUGAUGAAGAUCUUUUUGGCGAGAUGAAUGAGAGGGACUUUGGAUCAAAGGGAAUUACUGAUGCUGAUUUCAGCUUUUUCGAUGACCCAGACUUUGAUGACAUGCAGGACGAUUCCCCUGCAAUUCCUAUUCAAGAAGCGCCACAGCCUGUGCUGGAAGAGAGCAAGCUUGAGGAGAAUACAGCAGUUAACAAUGAUCUACCCCCAAGCGCUCCUCCGGAUGUUUCAGAUUUUGUUCAAGAUGUGGCGUUGGAGGAAUCAUUGCCCAAAGAGAUUAUACACGAGAAUCCGCAGCCAGUCGAUGAAGCCAUGGGUUUGGAAUCGUCCCCUGGUGACUCAGCAGACCCCAAGAGUCCAGCCAUCAUCAGUCCUCCAUUGAGCCCUGUGGAGGUCAAGAAGAUCUUGUUCUCGGGGGCAAGAAAAGAAGACACUCAACGACCUCUAGAUGGCCGCGCUUUGCAAGGACACUACCAUCCCGUAGCCUUUGAAAAGAAAAUCGGAGACUGGAAUGAAAAAUAUGGAGCUGCAGGUAAAUUUUGGUUUGCUUCCGGGGGUACGCUUGAUUCUUCAGACCAAGCUCCAAACUCCAUUCCCACAAUUGGGCUUCCUCAUCGCAGCCGAUCUGGGGUAAAUGGUGCCUACGCAAAGUUUGCAGGCAAAACCGCUUCGCCAGCCACUAUGGAUAAUGACUUCGAGGCACUUGCGGAUUCAGAUAGUGAAACCAGUGGUGAUAGCGACGAGACAUCCUCCGAACACGCCUCCGCUCCAAUUAUGGUCCCGUCUUUGAAGAGGAAACGAGUGCCCUCUGAGUCUGAUGUUCAAUCUGCUGCAUCCCCAGCCAAAUCCGCCGGUGGGCCUGAUGUGAAUGUUAGUCUGAAAGUUGAGAACUGUACUUUUCUGGGGAAUUUUCUUGCCAACUUCUCAGAUUGGUCCUUUAUUGGUUAUUUUUCGGCGUUUCAGGCACAGCAAUUUCCCGCUCUUGUGCGAAGAGAAGACCAGAUUUCCAUCGCUCAGCUGCUCGUUGACCAGAUCACGCAGUCCUCGUUGGAUCAUUCGCUUGGUGGUUGCAUUGGCCUCUUCGGACUCGAAAAUGAGAGCCUGACUUGGCGAACGAAUCUCGAAGAGACCAACUUCCUAGGUGAGGUUGCGAAGCUUGAUCUCAAGGCAUAUGCGUCCUUGCAAGAAGAGGUGACUGCAACACCUGCGCAGCAGCAGCCUAGGGAUUCCCCGAAAGGAUCUAUCUCAAAGGUAACUGCUCCGCACGUACGUAUGCGUCGGGGCAAAGAAUACCUGGAAACCCUUCCGCCUGCCGUUUCGUUCUGGGAAACAUUUGGUCUUGAGCCUGCCCACGGAUCAAAAGAUAUAUCGGCCUAUUGUAUUCAUCCUGGCGUCGCGACCAAAGCAGCCGAUACAUUUUUAAAUCGAUUUGGCCUUCAUUAUCAGAGUUGCAAUCUAGGGAGUCAUACUAGAGGCGACAAAUCUAUAGCUUUUGAGAAGGGACUUCGAUCAUGGGAUUCAGACUCUUCAAGUUAUGCUUCCAUGAUGCAAACUCUAAAAAGUCUUUGUGAAGAACUCGGAGCCGAUCUCUCUCAGUACUCACCUAGCACAGACAAUUGUGUCAUUUAUAUCGUCAACCCGUUCUCUCAUGCUGCAGCACUUGCUGAUAUAUGUGCCGCGUUCUGGAAUCUUUUUCAACAAAUGGCUGCCGACGCUGACCGUCAACAGGGCCAACCAAUCAAUGAGGUUGCGCUGCAGAUUAUUCCGAUAGAUUUCAUUAUGUCUGAGGAUUCUAUGGUUGUGCCUACUCAGACGGAGUACCUUAACCUAGCCUUGGAAGUUUAUAGCCGUUGUCGGCCGAAGGACACUAGUCCAAGCCCUUUGCUUAGUGCUCCGGCGGUCCUUUUAGCUGAUCCUUUGCCAAAAACCAUCAAUUUCCGUCUUGCUUCCGACAAGGGUUCGCCUCUGCAAGAUGGGCGAAGCCUCCAUAUCGCCUACUCCAAAAGCUCAGAUCAGCGAUGGUUGUCUGUAGCAUGGUCCGAUAGCAGUGGCAGCCUUCAAACGAGCAUGUCGUACUGCCUGCGUUAUCGCAAUCGCGGCACGGCUAGAGCAAUCGCAGAAGUGCGCAAUGAGAUCUGGGCUGCUACGCGGCACAUUAUGGAGAGGUUCCAGGCUCAGUGGAAAGUCAUUCUAGUCAAUUCCGAACCUAUUGAUCCCGAUGAAGUGGAAGCGUGGAGCAAUCUGGCCGAGCAACAUAAUAAAAUACGGCCAGGAUCCAUGGAGCUGGUUAUAGUGGCGGUCAACACUGUUCCCGAUCUAUCCCUCGAACCAGCUGCCUCUCAACUUACGCCCAGCGUUCUCAACCCACAUUUCUCCUCUACUCCCGUCUCGACUCCGAACCCAAGUGUCAGCAUUGCUUCGCCCGAGCAGACUGGUAACGCUCCGACCCCCAGUGCAGCCUACAACGCACCUACCCCAACCGAGCCCUCCUUGGAACCCGAUUCAGAUGUCGUUCUUACCGACAUUUCCGAUGAAUCCUGGGCAGUUACUCUAUCCCAUCGUCUGAACAGUUCUCCACAUGUUACCGAAUUUCGCCCCGCGCUGGCUAGCGGGUAUCUUCUUCGCCGCAAGGGCGUCACCGACGGUGAAGGCGUGUUCACAAUGACCGCCAAUCUUAUUCAUUCACAACGGCCUGCUGCAUUACACGAAGCUCUUCUCAAAGACAUCUUAGGGAUGUAUCGGGAUCUUGCAUCCCUGGCCCGGGCAAGAGGCAUGCGCAGCGUUCAAGGCAACACGCUGCCAUGGCAUAUUGCCACCGCAUUACGUGCGCAAGAGCUCCUGAGCUAUGUUUUCUAA